AUGAAUAAAUCAAAAACUAAAUCACCUCCUCCUGGGAUAUAGUAAUAAAGCUUAUCUGCAGAACCUAAAGAAACAAAGAAACAGAGAACAACUUUAGAUUAUUCAUUCAAAGAAAUUAAGAAACUUGAAGAAUUAAAAAAUAAAGAAGUUAAACCUAGAGAAGGAGAGUAAUGGAUAUUUAAGGAAUAGAAGAAGUAAGAAAACCUGGAAGUAAAAAAUGAUACUCCAAAAGAAUAAGUGCUUAAAUAAUAAUAAUCAUUACCUGAAGAAACAGAGCCUGUUUAACCAUAAUAAUAAUAACCUUAAAAAUAAUAAGACAAUAAAAAAGGCAAUGCUCCAUAGCCGCCUCCUGCUUAAUUGAUACCAUAAACAAAUGUUGCAACAUAAUUAAUCACAUUAUAAAAUAUACCACUAAAUGGAAAGAUAAUUGGUGGUAAAUUACAAGAAAAUAAAAAUCAAAGUCAGCAAUCUAAAUUCAAACCGGAAUUGUGUUGUUAAUCAUUAAUUUUAUGUCAAAAUAAAUUAACAAGCAUCAAUGGAUUUUAUCAGAUUAUGCAAACUGUCAUGCCUAAUGUUGAAUUGCUUAGAUGGAUAGAUUUAUCGUAUAAUCAAUUGACAACUUUAGAUUAUAAUUUUAAGGAACUGCCUCAUUUGCAAUCAUUAUAUCUAAACUUCAAUUAGAUAAAGGACAUUAAUGAAUUAAAAUAAUUGUCACAUUUAUAAGAGUUUAGAUCUCUAAAAAUAUAUGGAAAUCCAAUUGAAUAAAUCAUUAAUUUUAGAUUAUACAUAAUUGAUGUGCUUCCAUAAUUGAAAAGGAUAGAUUCUGUCCUCAUUAGCAAAAAAGAAAGAGACAAUUCCUCCAUGAUUGUAAAAGUGUUUGAUUUUAAACCUUAAAAUGAAAGCUUAAGCGGAUAAAGAGAAAUUGCUAUUACAAUAAACCUAAAUUACAUAAUAAAAGUCGAAGUCCUAACCAAAAAAGAAAAAGUGAUUUAAUAUAUUCUAAUAAAUUGA